AUGCCGCCCCCCACCCUCCCCUCAGGGUACACUGGCCGUGUCCGCUUUGACGAGAACGGGAAUAUGCUGAGCCGGUACGUCAUCAAACAGAUCUACCCAGGCCGGCCGCUGCAGCAGGCCAGCGUCGCCCUCAUCGACACCAGCGCCGAGCACCACAUCACCAGGCUCCAUGACGUCACCUGGGAUUACGUCAUGCCCGUGGACCUGGGGUUCAAACCUGAAGAUGUGCUACCCGCCCCGACCAUCCCGCCGGGUUCGAACUCCAGCCCCCCUGUGUCUGUGUGUAGUAGGCUGUGUGGGGUGGGGGAGUACAGCAUCAAAAAGGAGCAGCUGUGCUGUUGGGAGUGCAGAAAGUGCAGAGACAACGAACGAACCGUCACCAACAAUACCGCCUGUGAAAUCUGCCCCACGUUCUACUGGCCAAAUCCGCACACCAAUCUGACCACAUGCGAGCUCAUACCUCCAGAUUUUCCAAGCAAGUCCAGCGCCAUCGUCAUUUUAGAAAUCAGCCUCAGUGUGGCGGGGAUCGCAUCGUCCAUCCUCGUCUUCGCGGCUUACGUCUACUUCAGAGACGAACGAAUCAUCAAAGCCGCCAGCAGGGAGCUAAGCUUCCUCCAACUGGUCGCCAUUUUGUUGGGCUACAUUACGAUGCUGGUUUACGCAGCACCCCCCACACACGAGCGCUGUGCCACAGCGUUCUUUCUCUUCUGCCUCACGUUCAAUUGGAUUUACGCCCCCUUGCUGGUGAAGGCCGUCCGGAUCUAUCGGAUCUUCCACUCGGCCGCUAAGGGAGCCAGGCAGCUGAAGGUGGUCAGUCCUGUGUCCCAGGUGGUUCUGUCGUCUACCAUCGUGUUGGGUCAGGUCCUGAUCUGUGUGAUAGUGACCAUCCUUGACCACCCGAGCGCCCGACUCACCCAGCUGGUCAGAACUGACCGGUACGUGGAGCUCAGCUGUGACAUGACCCUUUCGGGUAUGACGUCAUUUCUCUGCUACAACCUCACCCUGGUCCUCCUGUGCUCCGUGCUGGCGUUCAAGACGAGGAAACUCCCGGAUAACUUCAACGAGUCUCGGUUCAUCUCCAUGUGCGUGUCUACCACACUCGUCAUCUGGCUGGCGUUUAUCCCGACGUACCUGACGUCCAGCAGACAGUAUCUGAAGACGUUGCUUCUGUCCUUAGCCUUACUGCUCAACCACUCAGUGGCUCUGGUGUUUCUGUUCGUGACCAAAAUCUACGCCGUGUUGUAUCGACAGACGCCGAUCCCAGGCUUUUCCGCCGGGGGCUCGGACCAAGGGUUGGGUACGGGGCUGGAGGGGAGUGUGGGCGGUUGUGGGGCGGGGGCUCAGCUCACGACCACAACUACGUCAUCGAGUGGCCACAACAGCCACCACUUGCUCAGCCGAUUCAGAACCUCGGCGUCCGUGGCCAAGUCGUCUGCGUCUUUGACGGGUGGUGUUAUGGGUCAGAAGACUGGGACCCCCGCCGCACCGCCUCCGGCUGUGGCCUGCUUCAACAACAGGGUGAACCCACUGCCCACGUGA